AUGGCCCGCCGCCUCAGUCACCAUGACUACACGGUCGGGUGGGUAUGCGCCUUGCCGGACGAGCUGACUGCCGCUCAGGAGAUGCUUGACGAAGAAUACCAGAAUCUUCCUUCGAAUCAUACCGAUUCAAAUAUAUACACCCUAGGGUCCAUAGGAGCCCAUAAUAUCGUCCUAGCGUGUCUGUCUGCAGGCCAGACGGGUACUAACUCUGCUGUAGCGGUGGCCAUGCAGAUAAAGACUAUGUUUCCGGCCGUUCGAUUUGGACUGAUGGUAGGAAUUGGAGGCGGUGUUCCAAGUAAAGAAGCAGAUAUUCGGCUUGGCGAUAUUGUUGUCAGCCAGCCGGGUAACGGUUAUGGCGGGGUAGUGCAAUACGACUUUGGAAAGUCAACACCAAGCGGGUUCAAGCGGACGGGGUUCCUCAAUGCUCCGUCCACAAUCCUCCUUGCCGCUGUUACGAAGCUUCGAUCCAACCUCGACCGAGGGAGAAGUAGUCUGUCGCCACACCUGUCGAAGCUUGGUAACCUCCCCAAGUUCGGCCGCGAUCAAGUAGGAAGCGAUUUGCUCUGUCUAUCAUAUACAACCGCGAGGAUGAUACAAAGGGAAAAACGGGCGGACGAUAUAUCUAUGAUUUACUACAGUGCAAUCGCGUCGGGGAACCAGGUAAUGAGGGACGAAGUCGAACGGGACAAGAUUAGCUCAGAAUUCAGAGGAGUUCUCUACUUUGAGAUAGAAGCAGCCGGCCUGAUGAAUACUUUUCUAUGUCUGGUUAUCCGCGGAAUCUGCGACUACGCUGACUCCCACAAGAAUAAGAGAUGGCAGCUAUACGCGGCGGGAAUAGCAGCGGUAUACGCGAAGGAGUUGCUAGGUGUGAUACCGGUGGCGGAUGUGGUAAACACGCAAACCGUCGAUGAAGCACUACGAGGGGUGAAGUGUACCUUUUACCUCCUGUUCGAAAGAAAUUAUAAGUUUAUUGGUUGGAAUAUAGAGCUUGAUACGCUGAAGCAAAGGCUCCUAGUAAAUAAAGAUUGUCAGAAAGUAUUACUCAGCGGUCUUGGUGGUAUCGGUAAGAUGCAAGUCGCGCUACAAUUCAUAUAUUCAGUUAAAGAGGACUGUCCAGAAUACUCUAUCUUCUGGGUACAAGCGUUGAGUAUGGAGACGUUUGAGCUAAGCUGCAGGGAGAUAGUAGGAGUAUUAGGGAUACGCCAGGAGCAAGAGGACGGCGAAGAUCUGAAAAUCCUAGUACGGCAACGGCUAAGUGCAAAGACCGCAGGAAAGUGGUUGCUAGUUAUCGACAAUGCUGACAAUCUUGACUUGCUUCGCGGGACCUAUCAAAUAGAAGGCUUGCUGGCCUUUCUGCCAAAAAGCGAUGGUGGCCUGACUAUAUUUACAACGCGGCAUGGAGCUGUAGCGCAGUACUUGACGGGCAGCGAUGUGGUUGAGAUAGGAAAGAUGGUGAGACAGGAGACAAUAAACUUGUUAGAGAAGUCUUUGGUUCGAAAGAACCCUUCUGACAACUCCGAGACUGUGGUAAAUCUUCUGACAGAGCUGGAAUACCUCCCGUUGGCUAUCACCCAGGCAGCUGUAUAUAUAAACACUAAUAAAAGCUCUAUCUCCGAGUAUUUGUACCUAUUAAAGAAGACAGAGCAGGAUGCUGUUGCACUUAUCAGCACAGAUUUCGGUGAUAAAACACGAUAUCGGAACUCGAUAAAUGCGGUUGCGAAGAUGUGGAUAAUCACCUUUAACAAAAUUCUCGAAUGCGAUACGUUAGCUACAGAUCUCCUCGCAUUUAUAUCUUGUAUUGAGUGGAGAGUAAUCCUAUACUCUAUUUUACCAGCAGCGUAUCCUGAAGUACGGCUGGUAGGAGUGAUCGGUAUACUGUGCUCCUACUUAUUUCUGGAGAGAAGAGAUAAUGGAACUAAGCUCGAUAUAUAUAGACUAGUCCACUUGGCGACGAGGAUGUGGCUCUCAGAAGUCUUUCCAUCCGACGAUUACGGUAAUCGUGAGAUAUGGCGGGAUUAUCUACCGCAUGCGGCGCACAUAGAGAAGGAUAAGCAAUGCCAAGGUACAGAAGAGAAGAGUAAGCUCUAUCUCAAAGUCGGUCAGUGCUUAUAUGUUGAUGGACGAGUGAAAGAAGCUGUUCUUUGGUUACAGAAGUCUUGCGAAUGGAGGGAUAUAAAUCUUCCUCGAAGUAAUACUGAUCGACUGACAUCGCAGCACAUGCUCGCUAUAGCAUAUCAAGCCAAUGGACAAAUCAAGGAGGCGGUUAAACUGCUAGAAUAUAUUGUCGCGAUAGAAUCGGAAGUACUCGCAGAAGAUCAUCCUAAUCGACUGGUAUCACAGCACACGCUCGCUAUAGCAUAUCAAGCUAAUGGACAGAUCAAGGAGGCAGUUAAACUGCUAGAACAUGUUGUCGCGAUACAAUCGGAAGUGCUCGCAGAAGACCAUCCUGAUCGACUGUUAUCGGAGAUGACCCUUGCUGCUUUCUACAAGGAUCUGAUAAAGAGAUCCAGAAUAAGACAGGCUUCUGUAACUCCGCAAGCAAUGCCCGAAAACAAUGUUACUUUCACUGUGCUGUCAGAUUAA